AUGAAAGGAAUUGCCCCUCUUAAGCAUUCAUCUAUUUAUCAAAAACAAUGGGAAUUAAUUUGUUUAAUGUCAGACAAAGAACCUACAACAGAAGAUCCAUAUUUCUGCUUGAUAAGAUCUAUUUUAUCUAUUAGGGCAAAAGACAAAAUAUCCAUUCCUUGUGUUGGAAAAUUAUUAAAUUUAGCUCCUAAUGUUGAAUCUAUGUUAAAAUUAAAAAAAGAAGAAAUAACAAAUAUGAUUUAUCCAAUAGGAUUAAGUAAAAUUAAAACAAAUAGAAUUAUCGAAACAAGCAAAACUUUAAUAAGUAAAUAUAAAGGUGUUGUUCCCAGCGACGUAAACUUAUUAAUGAAUUUUCCAGGAGUUGGUUUAAAAGUUGCUUCUGUUGUCAGACAUUUUGCUUUCAAUAUUCCUGAUUUUCCAGUUGACACUUAUUAA